AUGUUUGUGGAAGAACAUCAAGAAGAAAGAGAAGCAUAUUCCAAGAGAUAUUCGGGAAAGAUGAUUUCGGGUCGAAUAUGUACUGGUAUGCUAUUUAAUCUACGUCUUGUCAGCAAGUUCAACAGCUUCAGACAACUAGGAACAGUUCGUUUCUCUACUUCAGCAAGACUUGGGGACGGAAAAAAUGAGAACGAUAAGAAGCCUGAUGUCGAUUUGAAGAAGGAGCUGGAUAAAUUGAACGAAAUGUUAAAGAAAGACUUUGAUUCCACAGUUAAGAAGAGUGAAGAGGAAAUUGACAAAACUUUCAUGAAUUUUAAACAACAAAAGGAACGAGCCGCCUACAAGCGCAGCAUGAUUUUCAAUUGGAAGAUCGCAGCGAUUACGUUAGGAGUCGGUGCCUCCUGUCUGGCAGCACUACUCUACAUUCGAAAGAUUAGACUUGAGGAACGAGAAAAGCACAUGAAAUAUAUGAAAGGGAAAGCUCGUAUUGGUGGCGACUGGGAAUUGGUUAAUACUGACGGCAAGUUGGAAGGCUCAGAACAACUUAAAGGAAACUGGCUUCUUCUUUACUUUGGAUUUACUCACUGUCCUGAUAUUUGUCCCGAUGAAAUAGAAAAGAUGGUCAAGGUUGUUGAUAUUCUUGAUUCGAAACCUGAGAGAGAUAGAAUUCCUAUAAAACCUAUAUUCAUUUCUGUUGAUCCUGAACGCGACACUCCUGAAAGGGUGAAGGAGUACUGCGCGGAGUUCUCACCAAAGCUGCAAGGAUAUACUGGUUCAGUCGAGCAGGUCAGCAAAGUUGCGAAAACAUUCCGAGUCUACUUCAGCCAAGGGCCUCGUACUGGUAAAGACAAGGAUGACUACAUUGUUGAUCAUACUGUGAUCACGUAUCUCAUUGAUCCGGAUGGUCAUUUCCAUGAUUACUAUGGUCAGAACAGGACUGCUGAGGAAAUCGCUAAUAUUAUUGAGGUGAAAGUGCUCAAAUAUCGUGCUCAACAUCGUAAAGGACUCUUGGGAUUCUAA